UUUCUUUUUCCUUGUGAUCUGUUUUGCAUUUGCUUGCUUCACGAGAUGUUCGGAACCCGAAGGAUUAUUGAGAAUGUUUUGCUUUCUUUUGCGUGUUGCUUUCUUCUUGACGUUGAUUGGUUCUUUGUCUUUUUCCCGCGGAACUGCAGUCCCCCCUCUCUCUCUCUCUCUCUCUUUUUUUUUCUUUUUGUUAUACACAUUUUGGUUUCUGACGGUGCUAAGGCGGUGCUUGAAAUUAGUAGUUUGUAUAAGAUUGAAAAAUAUUUAGAUCUGCGAACUUUUCUGCUUUGACUUCAGAUCAUUGUUAGAUUUUGUUUUAAUCUUAAAGUAUACUCAAUGUGGUCAAGUAAGGGGUGAAUUAGAGGAAAUUAUAACGAAAUUUCUUUUUGGAUUAUCUGUUGGUAGAUGAGAGAGAGAUAUCGACGUUGUAAUUUCUGAUAAAAACAAACUCAGAAACUGCAGAUGUUCUCACGGUAAAAUUGUUUUGUAAUAGCUUUGACAUGUUGUAGAAAGACGUUCUUGAGCUUUAUGUUUCUGAUGUAAAAUAGAAGAUAAGAAUGUUUUAGAAAUUUGUCCGUGAAUGGGGUAUGUUUUGGUCGUCCACGUCUUCUGACAUCGUUUAAUGAUGUAAUAGUUUUCAGCACCUGCUGUAGUAUGGGAUCCAGCUUGGAGCUCAGAAAGAGCUCAAGCCACCACCGACGUAACACAAGGGCUGGGAAGGAGGGGGUCCUUCUCCCUCAACCAAAGCGGUGUCCAUGUCCAACAGUACCAGAACAGUUAAAGAUGAAAAGUUCUGUUCGACCACGGAGCGAUUUGUAUUGUGUGUCAACGAAGGAGACCAAAAUUGCUCGGGGCUCGCAGGGCAAGAGAUUCGAAGGGAGUUCAAUUGGAGAGGACGAACUUGUUAGGCAUAUGUCAAACUUGCCAGGCUUUCUCCUUCAUCCGGAGAGAACAGAAAAUCUCCAAGAGAAGGCUUUGAAUGUUGGGGUUCUAGAUUGGACACGGCUGGAAAAUUGGAAACACAAACAGUUGGGUUGCCCAACUAAAGGUAGAGAUGGUGCACUGUGCAGUGGAAGUCAUUUGUCAUUAAAACAAACUACUGGAAUGUCAACUUUCCCUCGUUUAACUCGGAGUGAAACAUCGGAUAAAGCACACUGUUCACGUCACUCUGGUUUGAUCUCAUCACAUAAGGCAGAGGGGGCUCAUCCUGUCAACUCUCUCCAGAAUGCCAGUCCGUCCCAAGAUUUCGAUAGUGGUUCAAAGAAUAUAAUGAAGGUAGGGCAAAAAAUGCAAAGGAAUUGCACUUCAUCCUCAUCGGGGGGAAAUGUUUCCAACAUGAUGCAAGAAAGAGAAAGAAAGAAGCCAUCUGAUCGGACGUGGAGUUUAGAAAUGGUGGAUUCUAAUUGCACACCAUCCUCAUCAGGGAGAAAUGUUUUGAUGCAAGAAAGAGAAAGAACCAAGCAUUCAGAUCAGACGUCCUGUUUAGUGAUGCAGGAUUCUAAUUGCACCUCAUCCUCAUCAGGGGGAAAUGUUUCCAACAUGAAGCAAGAAAGAGAAAGAACAAAGCGCUCAGAUAGGAUAUCGAGUUUAGAAAUGGUGGAUUCUUCUUUUCACGUAAGACAUUCGGGAGUCUUAUCUUGUUCUGAAGGAAGAGCAGACACUGUAGGUGGUAAAAUGAAUCAUAGGGCGGAGAAGCUGAUUGAGUCAAAUAUCCGGAAAAAAGAAGCAGACGAGAGGAUGGUUUUAGUGAAAGGAGCGGUACCAUCAAAAUCGAGUUAUGGCACAUCACUUGGUUUGAACGAUCAUAAAAAGGUUGAAAAUGAUGAAACAAAGGAGAGAGGGGGAAUGCUGUGCUCAGAUAUUGAUCUCCCUUACGAUUAUUUCACAUAUAAGCAAGAUGCCAAACUCGUACUAAAACAGAAGCCGAAGGAUUUAGAGGACAGAUUUCACACCAUGUAUUCCAGAACAUCAUUUGACGAGAAUAUGACAGAGGUUAACUCGUGCACUUAUUCAGAAAUAUUUUCUCCCGAGGAUAUUCUCUCUUCUGAAUGCGGUUCCGACAUUCCCUACUCAAGUCCAUUGCCUUCUUUAGCUGAGGUUGAUCCUUUGAUGGGCAGAAUGCAAGAUUCUCUAGUCUGUGAUACUAGUGCAGAACUUUCAUGUUCCGCAUCCCAAUUGUCCCCUUCCUCAAAUCAGAAGCCAAGUUUAAGACCUUCUGGAAGUAAACAAAUGGGAAAAAAGGACUCAGAUGCUAAGCUUACCCAUUCCGACCUUGUUGAUACUCUUGAUACAUUGGAUGAUAAAACCGCUGAUCCAGGAGCUAGAAAAGGUAGGCAUCCGUCACCAAUUCGUCGUUUGAGCUUCAGUUUAGGACGGAUGGGGAGAAGUUUCAGUUUCAAGGAGAGUUCGACUGUACCACAAUUAAGUUCCACAUAUACUUGUCCAAAAUCUGGUCCGGUGAUUUCUGAAAACACUGGUUCCUCAGAUAGUUCAGAUAAAAAGAAGGUAAGCGGACAUAAUAGAACAAGGUCGAGUCCCUUAAGAAGGUGGAUAGAGCCAAUACUGAAGCAUAAAUCCUCAAAUCCUCAACAUCCUAUAGAAGGAAACGUCAACUCAUUAAGCCUUUGGCCAACCGGCCUUGGCAGCGCUCAUGAAAAGAAGCACAACGAAUCACCAAUGCAAGCCCUUUUACAGUUCACGAUAAGUAAUGGUUUUCCCUUGUUUAAAUUAUUGGUGGAUAACAAUAGAAAUGUCCUUGCAGCCACAGCUAAAGAUUUAACCCCGUCUGGGAAGAAUGGAUCAGGGCAGACUUACACAUUCUACCUAGUUAAUGAAAUAAAAAGAAAGACCAGUAGUUGGAUACGACCAGGGAAUAGGGAUAGAAGUUUUGGCUAUGCCUACAAUGUCAUUGGACAGAUGAAAGUGAAUUCUGAUUAUAAAACAAAUGAACACAGCUAUGAUAAAUGUAUGUUAAGAGAAUCAACUUUGUUUGGUGUUGAGAUGAGACCAGGGGAUCGAGAAUCAGCAAUCAUAGUGAAAAAUAGAGAACUUGCAGCCAUUGUUCUAAAGAUUCCUACCGACAACUCAAAACACGAUGGGAAACAAAGUGGUAGCGUUUUGAUGGAUAACUGCAUGGAGUCUUUGUCAGAGGAUAAUGCUGUUGUAAUACUUCCGGGUGCGGCUCAUGGGUCACCAAGCAGCGGAGAGCCUUCGCCAUUGAUCAAUAGGUGGAGAUCUGGCGGAGUUUGCGACUGUGGUGGUUGGGAUGAAGGUUGCAAACUCCGUAUACUUUCCAUUCCAAACAAACAAAUUACAUCCAAGGCGUGUCCUAUCUCCAAAUGCCUUGAACUUUUUGUUCAGGGUGAUCAACAAGAUAAGCCCGUCUUCAGCAUGGCACCCUUGAAGGGUGGGUUCUUUGAGGUUCGUUUCGAUUCAUCAAUCUCUAUGUUACAGGCGUUUUUCAUAUGCGUUGCAGUUUUAAAUGGUCAAAAUCCAGCAGAUCCCUCAGAAGCAAGCAAAUUUGCACCUGAUGUAAAAAUGAUCAAUUAUUCUGAUUCUAAAGGAAUUAAUAGUGUGCACGAAAAGCAGCUUGCUAGUAUUAGAUAUGCCUCAAACCCUCCCCACUCUCCCGUCGGAAGGGUCUAAUCUCUCGUUUUAUGUUCCCAUCUUCCUUUGCAGUGGAACUGAAUAUUGUUCUCUCAUCCUCCUCCCCAUUUUGUAGAAUCUAUAUUGGCUUUGGCCAAGUAAUUUUGCACUGCCCGGUAGCACCAUUAAAUCACCAUCUAUGUAUAAAGAAAAUAACAUGAGCAAUAUAGUGGAGAAAUUAGACAAUAUUCUACAA